AUGUCGGACCCUUCUCCUCCAGCGUCUAUCCUCGUCGAGUCCCGCCCAGCGACUUCGUCUACUGAGGAUGGCUCUGCGCUCUCUCCGCCUCGUCCGCGCUUCGUAGAAGGUCUCGCGUCCCCUCCGACACCCAUGGACGAUGACGGUCCUCAGCGCCCUCGCGGCAAGCCUUCUCGUGGCGAACUGCGCGCGCAACACCGUACUAUGAGCAACCUCAGCAAGCUAUCGGGAACGUCCACACCUCGUACACCUACUAGCGGCUCCAAUCCCUUCGCCACACCCACCGGCGAAGCCAGCAACCCUUUCAGCCCGCCAGCAAGUGUGGUCUCUUUCAGUUCCGAGGCCGAGACCAACGCCGGUGCCAGCUAUCCAUUCCCGCAUGCGGACCGGACUCGCGCCAGCGUUCAGAGCAGCACACACAGCAGUGCUAUCGAUAUUCGCUCACGUCCCAUGAGCGUUCGCGAGGCCUUCGACGCCCCACCUAGUCGGCCCAACAUAUUCACUCAACCCAGUACCUUGACUUCGCGUGGCGCUAUGAGGCGUGCCCGGCCUACUUCUACGAUGAUCGACGCUGACAAGCCUAUCCCAAAGCCGUGGGCAUCUGGCAAAGAUACCCGCUCCAAGGUCUCAUACUUCCUCACUUACGCUAUGAUUCUGGUUGGAGUUGGGCUCGGGGUCGUUCGCUGUUACACCGGCUGGACCGGCGUGCGGCUAGUCGGCAACGUCUGCCUUGUCAUGGACGAGCAGUUUACCACGGGCGAGCUAGACUCCAGCAUCUGGGCGCAUGAGGUCGACCUCGGCGGUUUCGGGAACGGCGAGUUCGAGAUGACGACAGCUUCACCGAACAACACUUUCAUCAAGAACAACCAGCUAUACCUGCUCCCUACUCUCACCUCGGAUGUUAUCGGCACGGACGCAGUCUUCAAUGGCCACACGUUCAACCUUACGGGAUGCACGAACUCGAAUCUCACAGCCUGUGGUGUAGUCAGCAACAGUACCGCCGGCACCGUCAUCAACCCCGUCAUGAGCUCCCGCCUUACGACCAAGGGCAAGAAGAACAUUCAGUACGGCCGCGUCGAGGUCCGCGCGAAGCUUCCCAAGGGUGACUGGAUGUGGCCCGCUAUCUGGAUGCUUCCCGAGAAUGAUACAUACGGUGCUUGGCCGUUGAGUGGCGAGAUCGACAUCAUGGAGGCGCGCGGCAAUGACCCGUCCUAUCCCGCACAGGGAAGCAACUACGUCCGCGGAUCUCUCAACUGGGGUCCCAUCUCGUGGCUCAACGAGGUCUCCAAGACAUAUGGCUGGUGGACUCAGCGUCGCAGCUCAUACGCCGACGAUUUCCACACCUAUGCACUUGAGUGGACCCCCGACUUCUUGCGCGUUUAUGUUGAUAGCCGCCUUCAGCACAUGUUGGACUUGCGCUUCAACAUUCCCUUCUUCGAACGUGGUGACUUCCCGGCUUCUGUAUCCAACGGCUCGCAGGAGAUUAUACUUCCCAAUCCGUGGGUCGGUCGCGGCAACUCUGCGCCGUUUGACAGGCCAUUUUACCUCAUCCUCGAUGUGGCGGUUGGUGGCACAAACGGUUGGUUCCCCGACGGGGCAGGCAGUAAGCCCUGGCUCAACGGUGCUAUCACUGCCAUGGAGGACUUCGCUCGCGCUCAGGAUAAGUGGUAUGCCACUUGGCCUGAGAACGAGGAUGACCGCGCUAUGCGCAUUGAUUCCGUCAAGAUGUGGCAAACUUGUUAG